UUUGCAACUUUUAGGUUGGAUACGUUACCAAGUGAAACCGAUCACACAGAAACAAAGAACAGAGACAUCCAUGGGCGGCAAGUCUUCAGAAGCCACCGCCAUAUUGCCUGGUCCUGUUCACAUAUGUGGCCGAGUUGUUAUACUGGUGAUUUUAUUCGCUCUCAUUGCAGUACCUUGUCUUAUCUUCUACAAUGAUGCAUAUCCAUUACAGUUUUCGCGUCUCUCGUGUCAUAGUGAUCCCAGCGAUUCCUCUCCGACUCCGUCAAACAAUGAGCAAAUGAAACUGGAGAGAGUAUUGAAGGCCGCAACGAUGAAAGACAAUACUGUUAUCUUAACAACAUUGAAUGAAGCAUGGGCAGCUCCAAACUCAAUAUUGGAUUUGUUUCUUGAGAGCUUCAAAACAGGAGAGAACACCAAACACCUUUUGACUCAUUUGGUGAUCAUUGCAUUGGAUCAGAAAGCGUAUGAGCGUUGCUUACAGCUGCAUCCUCAUUGUUAUGCUUUGAACGUGGAAGGAGUCGACUUCACCGUGGAAGCAUACUUUAUGAGCGAGGAUUACUUGAAAAUGGUAUGGAGCAAGAUUGAUAUUCAGAGAAGUGUUCUUGAAAUGGGAUACAACUUCCUUUUCACGGAUGCUGACAUAGUGUGGUUUAAAGAACCAUUCAACCGGUUUUACGAGGACACGGAUCUCCAAAUAUCUUGUGAUAAUUAUCUCCUGAAUGACUCUUAUAGCUUGGCUAACAAUCCAAAUUCUGGCUUUAAAUACGUGAAAUCAAACAAUAGAACAAAACAGUUCUACAAGUAUUGGUAUGAUUCAAGAAUUAGGUAUCCUAAUCAACAUGACCAAGCUGUACUUGUGAAAUUAAUCAAAUUAUCUGAUCCGUUUAUAAAAGAAAUUGCAUUGAAGAUUAGGUUUCUUAGUACACUUUACUUUGGUGGGUUAUGUGAACCAAGUAAAGAUAUGAACCAAGUUUGCACAAUGCAUGCAAAUUGUUGUUUUGGUUUGGAAUCCAAAAUCCAUGACUUAAAUCUCGUGCUCGAUGAUUGGAGACACUACAAAUCUUUAUCUUUGAGCGACAAGAGUUCAUAUAAACCAACAUGGAGAUCACAAGAUUGCAGGAAGAAGUUCGACUACCAUCACAUACCAAAGAAGAUGGAACAUGAAAGGAAAAAAGAUUAGCAAUGGACAUUUUAAUUCUCACUUUCUUGGAUAUAAAUAAAAUUGCACCCGUAAAUGCACCUCUUUUACAUUUUUCUUUCUUUUAAUCGUGUCAGUUAAUUCGAAAAUUAGAAGUCUAAAACUAUUAAUUUCAAAUACG